AUGUCAAUGACUGAUCAGGGCUCCGGGAAUUCCGAUGAGCCCCGAGCGGCACACCAAGAACCCGAACAAGAUAUCGGCCUCUCUGUGCCUCAGGAAGUCCAUCGCGGAGCAGAGGGGCUCAACGAGCCGAUAUCUUUCAAGCGCAAACCCAGGCGACAGUCACGGUUCAGUCUCUCGAGUCUAUUUUCGAAUACCGCAGGCGGUUCGGACACGACCUUCGGCUUCGCAGCGACAGGAACCCAGGGUGGACAAAAUGGAGACGCUUCGCCUUUGGAUCCUUAUGGACCGCUAGGGCCCAGUGCAGACACAAAUGCCUCCAAGGACGGUGCGCCCUUAGACUGGUAUGUGGAAGGCCCAGGUCGUCGCGUCGGUUAUGACGACUUUACUGCCAUCGAUUGGAUAUACGAAUACACCAAAGAACGCCAACGAAAGAGACUCCUCUAUUCCAGUGGACAAGGUUUCAUGGGACAUGUUCUUCGACUUCUCGAUGCCAGUAACGUCUGGCUGGUUUUGGUUGCGACUGGUAUUGCAGUUGGAAUCAUCGCCGCCGCAAUUGACAUUGCGACAGACUGGCUGGGUGAUCUAAAAACCGGCUAUUGCAAGAAUGGCCAAGGUGGUGGCAGAUUCUAUCUGAACAGGAGCUUUUGCUGUUGGGGUCUAGACGAUCAAUCCAAAUGCUUGGAUUGGACACCAUGGGGCAAUGCAUUGGGCGCAUCCUCCGCAGGCGGAAAAUACACUGUGGAAUACCUCUUCUUCAUUGUCUUUUCGGUGCUGUUUGCUGUCUGCGCCUGCGUGCUGGUCCGGAAGUUUGCCAUUUAUGCAAGACAUAGUGGAAUACCCGAAAUCAAGACGGUACUUGGCGGAACUGUAAUCCGACACUUUAUGGGUCCGUGGACGCUUGCGAUCAAAUCGCUCGGACUGUGUUUAUCCGUGGCGUCCGGACUCUGGCUAGGAAAGGAAGGUCCGCUGGUACAUGUUGCAUGCUGCUGCGCCAAUAUCAUGAUGAAGCCUUUUGACAGUCUGAACGGCAACGAAGCUCGGAAACGCGAGGUUCUAUCUGCCGCAGCUGCGGCCGGCAUCUCGGUUGCAUUCGGGGCCCCUAUUGGGGGUGUCCUUUUCAGUCUCGAGCAACUUUCCUAUUAUUUCCCCGACAAAACCAUGUGGCAAAGCUUUGUUUGUGCUAUGGUGGCGGCAGUCACCUUGCAAGCUCUAAACCCCUUCCGAACAGGAAAGAUCGUCCUCUACCAAGUCACUUACACUCGGGGAUGGCACCGCUUUGAGGUUAUCCCAUUCAUCAUACUUGGUAUUGUGGGUGGUCUAUUCGGUGCAUUCCUCAUUCGUUUGAAUGUCAAAAUCGCUAAAUGGCGGCGAUCUCGGACGUCUUCGAAGCCAGUACUUGAAGUGGCCAUAGUUGCGCUUCUGACGGCUUUGAUUAACUUUCCAAAUCACUUCAUGAGAGCUCAAAACUCCGAGCUAGUUCAGUCCCUGUUUUCUGAGUGCAACAGCGAAACGUACGACCGCUUUGGUCUUUGCGUGACUGGGACGAAGGCAUUUGGAGUUGUCGCUUUCCUGUUAGUCGCCGCCGUUCUGGCCUUCUUUCUCGCCUCUUUGACCUUUGGGCUCGACAUUCCGGCCGGCAUCAUUUUGCCCUCUGUGGCGAUUGGUGCUCUGUAUGGACGCGCUCUGGGAAUCCUUGUCCGCAUGUGGCAGGAAGCGUAUCCCAAAGCCAUCCUCUUCAGCAAGUGUGAGCCUGACAUUCCAUGCGUAACUCCUGGUCUAUACGCUAUCAUUGGUGCAGCUUCUGCACUCGGUGGAGCGACUCGGAUGACCCUGUCGAUCGUGGUCAUCAUGUUUGAAUUGACCGGAGCACUUACCUAUGUUAUUCCGAUCAUGAUUGCGGUAAUGCUUUCGAAGUGGUGCGGCGACAUUUUCGGCAAGCGUGGUAUCUACGAAUCAUGGAUCCAACUCAAUGAGUACCCUUUUCUGGAUCACCGAGAUGAUACCACUCCUCCGGAUGUGCCUGCUCGUCGGGUCAUGACCACCGUCGAUGAUGUCUCGGUGAUUACUGCCACCGGUCAUACCAUUGGCUCACUUCGUAGUAUGCUGGCCAACUCCACCUACCGAGGGUUCCCAGUUAUUUCCGAGACUUCGACGCCCACUCUCCUCGGGUACAUUACACGCAACGAACUUUCUUAUGCUUUGAAAUACUCGACUUCACCUACGAACCGCAACCUCACCGGCGAAGCUCAGGUAUUUUUCACACACCAGCCAUUCGCUGACCCCGUAGAGACGCUUGAUCUCCGGCCAUGGAUGGACCAAACUCCUAUCACCCUAAACAGCAACAUCAGCUUUUUGAUUGUGCUACGAAUGUUCCAGAGGCUGGGUCUUCGCUACGUGCUUUUCGCCAACAAGGGGAUUUUGCAAGGCUUGCUGACCAAAAAGGAUGUUUGGUCAGUCCUCAACGGUGUAGAGUUUCGACGACAAGAAGCUCUCCGAGGUGACCAGUUCCAGGAAAGCCAUCACGGAGCUGAAGAGGAGGGCCUACUCCACGCCGAGGACAGGAGUAGUCUCAGCAGUGUCCUAGACCCAAUAGACUUGCUUUUUCUAAUGAUGAUCGAUCCAUUUGAGGUGCGCAUGCGCUUCACAGCUCAACUCCAACACCUCAGCGCCUCGGUCGCGUCGUCGCAGAAGGCCGCGCAAUAUGCUCUCAAAUACCGUGAUCUGGACGAAGAUCUUCAUUCAUGCGUUCUGGAACAGAUUGAGAGGAACAACAUGAACAACCGGGCGAACAUCAUGUCCUUUAUCGAACACUUUUGCGAAAUGGCGAUCAAAGAGAACCAUCUUCCUUACGUCCGCAUGAUGCAGCGUGAUAUCCUUCGAGUCGUCGAUGCAGUUGUGCCUCCCGAUGGAACUGGGGCAGCCAACGUCAAGCAUGUUCGUCGUGUGUUGACCAACAUGCAGAGCAAGGAAAUUUUGUCCGUCGAAACCGUUACCGAGAUUGAUGCGGCCCUCAAAGAUCGUGAUACACAUCCCGGCCAUCUUGAUUUUGAAGAAGAAGAGGGGCCAGAAUAUAGCGCUCGCUCUAGGACCGGGACCCCACGCAAUCCCAAAGCCCCCGGAAUGCGCGUUGAUAAGCGACAAAUCGAACAGCGGAUCGAGGAGGACCGUGAGCGCAACAAACGCCUGCGAGAGAACAUGUGGGCUGUCCAAGGGGAUGACAUUUCAGAGUUCAAGAAACAACAGGACGAGUUGAGCGACAUUGGGGAAGAUGAUUUUAUCAACGCGAAAGAGGAGGUUGCGGAGCGUGCCAUUGGCGAUGCCAUCUAA